ACUUAUCCUGCGACACUUCUUGAGUAUACUCGUUAUUAUGGAGGUUAAAGUCACAUUCAUAUGCUUCUUAUUCUUAAAGCUUUUGAUGAGGGGACAUUGCUUUGAUCAGCAAGAAGGCUUAAUUCCAAAGUUUGGAAUAAAAAAGUUGUUUGUGUUCGGAGAUUCCUAUGCUGACACAGGAAAUGUCAUACAAAUGUUUCGAGAGAAACCCUAUGGUAUCACUUAUCCGGGGAAGCCAGCUGGUCGGUAUUCAAAUGGCCACAUUCUUACUGAUUAUCUCGCACAAUACUUGGGAGUGAAAAGUCCAGUGCCAUAUAGAUGGAGGAGAUAUCAAAAGAGGCAUUUGCACAAUGGGAUGAAUUUUGCAUUUGGAGGGGCUGGUGUAUUCCAAACUGUGAAUUUGAGGCCUAACCUUUCCUCCCAAAUCCAUUAUUUCGAAAGGCUCAUCAAACAAUAUUCAUUAUACACUCAAAGAGACCUUGAAGAUUCCCUUGCUCUUGUCACUCUUUCUGGAAAUGAUUAUUCUUCUUAUAUUCUGAAUGGAGGAAAUAUUGGCGAAAUUUUUACCAAAUUCAUCCCUAAAGUGGUGAAUGAGCUUGAAUCCUGCUUGAGACGAAUAUCGGGGUUGGGAAUAAAGAGGAUUGCUGUGGGGUCGGUUCCACCCUUGGGUUGUCUACCCGUUUUCACAAAAUUGAGUGGCUUCCAACAAUGCAAUUCCUUCGUAAAUUUGAUGAGUGAACAUAAUGUCUUACUGAAUGGAACUUUGUCUAAGUUGAAUGACGAGAUCAUUGCUACGGAAUUUGCAGUUAUUAAUCUUCAAGCUGCAUUCAAUACUAUCCUCUCCAACAAAGGAGAUCCUAAUGCAGAGAACUUAGAAUUGCCGACUCCCUUGAAGCCUUGUUGUUUACCAAUAGGGUCAUUUGAUUGCGGUGACGUGGAUAGCAAUGGAACGAAGAUGUAUACAUUGUGUGACAAACCGGAGUCCGCAUUUUUUUGGGACAAGGCACAUCCAACACAAGCAGGAUGGCAUGCUGUUUUUCAACUCCUAAAAUCCGCCUUUCAAGAUAUUGCUGAAUUUGGCCAUUGAAAAUUUUGUUACCACUUGGACCUGCUAUAAUAUUCAUUGUAACUUUUCCCAAUAAGAUAGACAAAAAAACUAAAAGAAAAAUUGAAACUUAUAUUGUGGUAAAUGCAUCAAGUACAGACUUAUAGGUACAUGCAUUUUAUUGUAUGGGAAUUAAUAAACUAAGAGCACCUUUGUUAUAUUGAGAGCAAAAAUAUGUUAAUUUUAGGGA